AUGGCUAAUGAAAAUUCAAAAGCAGACGAAAAAUACUUGUUGAAAAAUGGCCGAGUCUUACUAAAAGAAAUGUUUGACGGGUUAGCUUACACUUAUCCAGUAUUUGAUGUAUAUCCAGAGAGUAGAAUAAUUGGAUUAAAAUUGAAAUCAGAAAAACGGGUUUGUUUACUUGGUGGCGGUGGAUCUGGACAUGAACCAUAUCCAUUUGGAUAUAUUGGUGAUGGAAUGUUAUCCGCAUCCGUUAGUGGUUAUGUGUUUACUUGUUGUUCAUCACUGAAUAUUUACCAGGCAAUCAAGUAUUUAAAUAAUUAUAACUGUAAUGGAGGAGUUUUACUUAUAGUGGCGAAUUAUACUGGUGACGUAUUUAAUUUUGGAUUGGCCUGUGAGAAAGCAAAAAAAAUCGACAACAUUGAUGUGGCCGAGUUAAUAGUGAGUGAUGAUUGUUCAAGACCAGGAGGAAAAGUAGGCAAAAGAGGAAUGUGUGGUUUAUUGUAUGUUAUAAAGAUAUUGGGUGUGUUGGCUAAACGAGGUAGUAGUAUUGAAGAUUUAUUGUCCCUGGGUAAAAAUAUCAAUGGAAAGCUAGCAUCACUUGGGAUAAGUGCAACUUCAUGUAAUGUUCCGGGUGAAGAACCAUCAUUUUUACUACAAAAAGGAGAAUUUGAAUUUGGAGUCGGAUUACACGGAGAAGCAGGGACUUCAAGAGUGAAAGCAUGUGAUGUGAAAGAUUUGAUCCGUUUAGCAGUAGAUAAGAUAUGUAGCACCCUAGGUUUGAAAGAAUUCAGUGUAAUUUGUUUGAUCGUGAAUAAUCUUGGAUUAGUUUCACACAUAGAGUUAGGUGCAUUGGCUAAAUACGCUAAAGAAUAUUUUGAUGAACUUAAAAUAGACGUUAGCCGUAUGUUUGUGGGAACAUUUAUUGUGUCUCUAAAUAUGUAUGGAUUUCAAUUAAGCGUUAUUGAUGUAAGUGACAAUCAAGAAUGGAUUAAUUAUAUAGAUGAAGAAACAUCAGCUUUUGCUUGGCCGGGAAAUCAUAUGAGCAUAAAACCAAUCGAAAAACAGAAAUCUGAAAGUAUAAAAAUUCCAAAAAUUGACGAUAUAGAUCCUAAAUUAGGGGUAUGUAUAUCAGAAAAAGGAAGUUUAAUAUUAAAAAGUAUAUUGAAACAAAUUGGCGAAGAUCUUUUAAAAAAUGUUGAUGUCUUAAACAGACUGGAUCAGGAAAUCGGAGAUGGCGACAAUGGUUCAACAAUUUCACGGUUUGCUUCUGACUUGCUUACCAAUCUAAACAACCUUCCAUUAAACUACCCAGCCAGUGUUUUGUAUUCUUUGGCAUUCAUCUGUGAAGACAAAAUGGGUGGUGCAUCUGGAGCUCUUUAUAGUUUGUUGUUGACUGGAGCUGCUGGGCAUUUAGCUUCAAUGAACUAUUUAGACUGGACCGGAGCGUUGAAGAAUGCACUAGAUACAUCUAUGAAAUAUUCAAGUGCAAGAAAAGGAGAUAAAACCAUGUUUGAUCCAAUAAUUGCGAUACAUGAAGUAUUUCAAGAAUAUGGAAACUUAAAUGCUAGAGACUAUGUAACAGUUUUAGAAAAAGCAUUACACCGAGUACAUGACGUCUGCAAUGAUGUAAAACAAAUGAAAGCAGAAUUUGGUAAAGCUUCUUAUGUAGAAAGUGUUACUUCUGUUGGUAAAAUGGAUGCUGGAGCUUAUGGUGUAGCUUUAUGGUUCAACGCCAUACAUACCGCUUAUAUGGAUACAUCAAAAUAA